AGCCCGGGCCCUGCCGGACGGUGACGGUGGAAGUGGGGGGCAGAAAGAUGGAACUGUCUUCUGGAAAACUUGCUAGGUUUGCUGAUGGAUCUGCUGUUGUUCAGCUAGGUGACACAGCAGUAAUGGUCACAGCAGUCAGUAAAACUAAGCCUUCUGCAUCUCAGUUUGUGCCAUUAGUGGUUGACUACCGUCAGAAAGCUGCUGCAGCAGGAAGAAUUCCUACAAACUAUCUAAGAAGAGAACUUGGUUCCACCGAUAAAGAAAUUCUUACGAGCAGAGUAAUAGAUCGGUCAAUCAGACCACUCUUUCCAGUAGGCUACUUUUAUGAUACACAGAUCCUUUGUAAUCUUUUAGCAGUAGAUGGCGUCAAUGAUCCGGAUGUUCUGGCAAUUAAUGGAGCUUCUGCAGCACUUGCAUUAUCUGAUAUCCCAUGGAAUGGUCCUAUUGGUGCAGUAAGGGUAGGACUGGUUGAUGGAGAAACCAUUAUCAAUCCAACUCGAAAACAGAUGUCUUCUAGUGCUUUAAAUUUAGUUAUUGCUGGAGCUUCACAAAAUCAAGUUGUUAUGUUGGAAGCAAGUGCCGAGAACGUAUUGCAACAAGACUUCUGUCAUGCUAUCAAAGUAGGGGUGAAGCAUACCCAGCAAAUAAUUCAGGGAAUUCAACAACUAGUGAAAGAACAAGGUGUUGUCAAGAGAACUGUUCAGAAGUUAUUUGUUGCUCCUGAAGAGAUUGUGGAAUGCGUGAAGAAACUUGCUUUUAACAAGAUCUAUGCAGUGUUCACAGAUUCCAGCCAUGAUAAAAUUUCUAGAGAUGAAGCAAUUAACAAGAUAAGGCUUGAAACAGAAGAACAGCUGAAAGAAAAAUUUCCAGAGGCUGAGCCUUAUGAAAUCAUAGAAUCUUUCAAUAUGGUUUCAAAGGAUAUUUUUAGAAAUCUUGUUCUGAAUGAAUAUAGAAGGUGUGAUGGGAGAGAUUUGACUUCCCUCAGAGAUAUCAAAUGUGAAGUGAACAUGUUUAAAAUGCUUCAUGGAUCAGCGUUAUUUCAGAGAGGUCAAACACAGGUUCUCUGUACAGUUACGUUUGACUCUCUAGAAUCAAGUGUAAAAUCAGACCUUAUUUCAACAGCGGUGAGUGGAAUAAAAGAUAAAAACUUCAUGCUGCAUUAUGAGUUUCCUCCUUAUGCAACUAAUGAGAUUGGCAAAGUUACUGGUAUGAACAGAAGAGAGCUUGGACAUGGUGCACUGGCAGAAAGAGCUCUGAAACCAAUUAUUCCCCAGGAUUUCCCAUUCACAAUACGAGUUACUUCUGAAGUCUUAGAGUCAAAUGGGUCUUCUUCAAUGGCUUCUGCAUGUGGUGGAAGUUUGGCAUUAAUGGAUGCAGGAGUUCCAGUAUCAAGUGCAGUGGCAGGUGUAGCAAUAGGUCUCAUUACCAAAUGCAGUGUGGAAAAAGGAGAUAUUGAGGACUAUCGCUUGCUGACAGACAUCCUGGGAAUUGAAGAUUACUAUGGUGAUAUGGAUUUCAAGAUGGCAGGUACUAAUAAAGGAAUAACUGCCUUGCAGGCUGAUCUAAAACUGCCAGGAAUACCAGUAAAAAUUGUAAUGGAAGCUAUUCAGCAAGCUACAGCUGCAAAGAGGGAGAUUUUACAAAUUAUGAACCAAACGCUGGCAAAACCCAGACCUAACAGAAAAGAAAGUGGACCAGUUGUAGAAACUAUCCACGUUCCAUUAUCAAAAAGGUUAAGAUUCGUUGGUCCUGGGGCCUAUAAUCUGAAAAAACUUCAAGCACAGGCUGGUGUAACUGUAAGUCAGCUGGAUGAAGAAACUUAUUCUGUGUUUGCCCCCACACCUAGUGCUAUGCAUGAAGCAAGAGAAUUUAUCCGUGAAAUCUGCAAAGAUGAUCAGGAAGUUAAUUUGGAAUUUGGUGCAGUUUAUACAGCCACGAUAACUGAAAUAAGAGAUUCUGGAGUGAUGGUAAAAUUGUAUCCAAACAUGACACCAGUGUUACUUCAUAAUUCACAACUUGAUCAAAGAAAGAUUAAACAUCCUAGUGCCUUGGGAUUAGAAGUUGGACAAGAAAUUCAGGUUAAAUACUUUGGACGUGAUCCAACUGAUGGUAGAAUGAGGCUUUCACGUAAAAUUCUACAGACACCAGCCACAACUGUGCUUAAAACCCUAACUGACAAAAACAGUAUUGUCUUGGGAGGUACUGUUCCCCAGUCCUCUACUUCAUCCCAGUGACAGGAAAAAAGGUGUGAUAGUUCAUGGAAAUACAGCCAACCUUUGCUAGGAUCUGUAGAUGUCUACACAAGAAUCUGCAGGUCAAUGGUAGUGAAUCAUGUUUUUAAAAUAGACACUAUUUAUGCUUAAAGGUGAUGUAGAACUUCAAAGUCUUCAAAUUGAUUAAAAACUCAUUUAAAAGAAAAACAGAAACAACCAGUGCUCUUAUCUUGUAUAGCAAGGGUGAGAAUCUAAGAACAUGGAAUUGUAUAGACUGAAGAGCAGACUACGUUUCAGUGCUUGAGAUUCUUCUCGUUGUCAUCUCAAAAUAAAAAUGCAAAGAUGAGAAGGAAGUAUUUAACAAUUAUUUUCUGAGAGAAGGAAUGCUGUGUACUUGGCUGAUGAGCUAUGACUGUAGUUGAGAGGCACAGUUGGCCAGUUUUACUGGAUUUUCAGUGUACAAGAUUGAAAUGUUGAGCAAAACAUAGCUCAAGACUUAGAAGUAUCACCUUUAACGUGAUUGACACUGUUUCAGAUAAAUACAUCAGUAACUGUCGUAGGGUUCAGACUUGCUAAAAUAUCUGAGCAGAAGGGGAACAAAACUACCUGGCUGAAACAUCAUCGUUUGUUAUCUGGGUUCAUUAACACUGAAUUUUAAAAUAUAUAAUGAAAACAUUAAGAUUAAAAUAAUUGUUUUGGAAUAAACAAUUGAUGUGAUAAAUCACCCCCCUAAAACCUCCUCAUUAAGAGUGUCACAAUUUCUCUAUUGACUAUGUUCUGUCAAUGGAUUCACUGGUCUUUUAGAUUUCAAAACAUUUCCCAGAGGCUCAUAAGAACAACUUGAUUUUCUACUGUGAGUUACAGACUUUGAAAAUCAAAGAGGUGUCCCUUCUGAUGUUCACCAAUUUGUAGAUAGACCUAAUAAGAAAAUCAACUUCCCACCUGAUGGCAAGUGGGCUCUGGACCUCCUGAAAGGAAAAAAAAAAAAAAACCAAAAAACCA